AUGAAAUUCUUUUUUCUUUCUUUCCUCUCUUUGUUCGUCUUCAUUCAUUCAUUCUUUCUUUAUGUUCUUUUUCUUUCUUUCUUCUCUGUUCUUUUUCAUUCAUUCAUUCAUUCAUUCUUUCGUUUUCCUUUCUUUUUUCUUUCUUUCUUUCUUUCUUCUUUCUGUUCUUUUUCAUUCUUUCUAUCGUAUGUUCUUUCUUCUCUUUGUUCUUUUUCAUUCAUUCAUUCAUUCAUUCUUUCUUUCUUUCUUAUUUCUUUCUUCUGCUCUUUCUUUCUUUCUUUCUUUCUUUCUUUCUUUCUUUCUUUCUUUAUGUUCCUUUUCUUUCUUUCUUUCUUUCUUUCUUUCUUUCUUUCUUUAUGUUCCUUUUCUUUCUUUCUUUCUUUCCUCUGUUCUUUCUUUCUUUCUUUCUUUCUUUCUUUCUUUCUUUCUUUCUUUCUUUUAAACGGCUGUAGUUCAUUUUACUGCUUCUCGUUAUCUCGUACGGAAUUCUCCCUCAUUUUCAGUCAUUAUCUUUUCUUUAAUUACUUCUGCGCUUCGACCCCACAACUUCUACUGAUCUGUUAUGUCUUUAUUUUUUCUUCUCUACGCUUCGAGUCAUCAUUUCUUUCUCUCUCUUAUGUUCCCAUUCCAUCCUUCCACCACCCCCUUCCUUUUCCUUCCUUCCCCCACCCCCGUGUUGCUGUUGCUGCUGCUACUGCUGCUCCUCUGACUAAUUACAUUAUCUAUCUUUCAACCUCUGUCUCUCUCUUUCUCUAUCUAUCUAUCUAUCUAUCUAUCUAUCUAUCUAUCUAUCUAUCUAUCUAUAUAUAUGAAAAUUAA